AUGUAUCCGAAUCAAAAUAGUGUAUUGAUUGGACCAGAAAUAAUUGGAGGUUUGAAAGAUGACUCGGAAAUACUCAAGCUCAAACGGGUUCACAUAUACAAUAUCGGACAACAAUUGGGGAUGAAAUUUCUAUCAAUGUUUACUGGUCAACACAUCUUAUUAACGCUUCAUAUUGUUUCCAAUGCAGAGAUAACAAAAAUUAUCAUGAAAUGGAUAUCAAAUGAGUCAAUGCAGAGUCUACAUACACUCGGAUUCUUUAUUCCUGAUUCUCUUAUUACACCUGAUGAAGUUGUCGAGUCGUUGAAAACAGAGAGAUUCAAUUCAGCAAUUCGGCCACGGAUUUAUCAUCUUGAUACUAAAAUAUACCAAGAUAAACCGAGAAAAAUCGACUUGAGUGGUGAUAACUGUUAUGAUAUAAUCAGAGAAGUUGAUGGAAAGAGAGCCACUCUUCAUUUCGAUGACAAGUAUUUCAAGAUCUUGGUUUGGAAUUGA